AUGCCGAUGUGCACGGGUCGCAGGAUGCCGGGGCAUGCUGGUGAAAGCACCGCGGUCUCUGAGCUACUCCAUCAAAAAGGCCAGCAGCAUUGUCGAGACUCGGGUCCCGUUGAUGACGGGCAAUGUAUGCGUUCACAGCUACAUGUUUCACAUUACGAGUUGCAGGUUGCAGCACAACCUCGCAGUGCUUCCGAGAUAACUAUCCAGUGUUUUUCCUGGUGUCGUGCGGACCCGAAAAACCAGCGGCCGUCAUCUCCAACUGCGCUCAGAAAGCGUCAUCGCGGCCCGAGCUGUAAUGCAUCCGCGUUCCCAGCUGCGGACGCGGAUGCUGCGCCGAAAAAGCAGAAAUCGGUCAUAAAUCAUCGUCGUGGAGAAGCGCAGGUGGCGCCGCCUGGUGGAUGUGCUCGUGUCAAUGUGUCCAACCGAUGA